AAUAGAAAUGACCAUUGCCUGUCAAUUAACAACCACAUUGCAUGUUUUUCAGGUUAAUAUAGUAAUAAUCGUCAGAGUUCUUACAGUCAUGGUCAAUCUAAGAAGUGACCCUUUGAAAAAACAAAAAUAUACAAAAAUGAGGGCAGCUUUAAAAGGAGUUAUAAUAUUACUUCCAUUGCUGGGGUUAACAUGGCUCUUCGGGUUGAUAAGCGUCAACUCUGAAACAAUUGUUUUUCAAUAUCUCUUCGCGAUCCUGAAUUCUCUCCAGGGUGCUUUCAUAUUUAUUUUUAAUUAUGCUCUAAAUAAGGAGGUGAGGUCAUCGUUUCGUCGUACACUUCAACGAACAACGACAACAUCUCUAUGAUAUUUUCAUCAUAAUAACAAAAGCUCUAUUUAAUUACUCAGGGGUGGGGGGCACAGAGAGGUUAGGUGCUUCAUCGUGUAUCUUAUUAGGGUCCCAACAUAUUUUAAACCCGGGGUGUCCUUCCUCCGGAGUUCAUAGGUUUUUAUGUGGGGGAUCUGGUGUUAUGACAAAUGUCUUACUUUUUUCCUCCCCUCAAAGGCCACUGCAUUUCCAUUGCUGGGGGCAUCAUCAAUAGUUUGAAUCUUUUUGGAAAUAAACCGAUGCUUUCAAGUAGA